AUAAUGAAAUUAACUUGAAAUGGUCUGGUGGGCAGUUGUGUUGGAUGAUUAGCGGUGAAGUGAAUGCAGGAAGCUGGAUGGUCUUGAAGAAAACACGAUCCUAAUUCCUGAUAUUUUUUUUGGGUGACUUGGAAUUUCCUGUCAUGGUGCCUGCUUAAAGAACAUGUGAUAAGAGGACGUUUUGGUCGAAGUUCUGCUUAUUCGUGAAUCAUGGUGAGGAUGCAUAAUUAGAAUUUCAAUGUGAUUGGAAAAUCUUCAAUAUUCGGAAACCCUAUUUUACGCCUUUGGUCAGACAGGAACAGAACUUCAAGGGAUGUAUCAUGGAUCGAGUUGUCUUCAUUUGGGUCCACAUCCUCGCUGGAUUGGUUGGCGUAUCACAAACGACAGCCCAGGAAUCGUCCCCACCAGAAUCAAUUUCAGCAUGUUCCCAACCCUUGGGGAUGACAACCCGAGACAUUCAAGACUGGCAACUGGCAGCCAGUUCAGUUCGGGGUUGGUCCGAGGACCCAAAUUGUGCGGUCAAGUUUGCCCGUCUUCAUCAACGAGGCUCUAAAGCCUGGUGCGCGGGCAAGAAAUCCCGCCAUGAAUGGAUUUUAGUUGACCUGGGCGUGGCUUCAGACCUGUCGGGUGUAGUCACACAAGGGCGGAGUGAGGUGGAAGAAUGGGUCACCAAAUUCAUGAUCUCAUAUAGUCUAGAUGCUCAGAAGUGGGAAUUUGCCAGGGAUAUCUAUGGGAACAAGAAGGAGUUCAAAGGUAACGGGAAUGCUCAUUCUCUUCGCCACUCAUAUCUUGAGCACCCAGUAAAGGCCCGUUUCGUGCGCAUUCAUGUGUUGAGUUGGCACGGUCAUCCCUCCAUGAGAUUGGAAAUUGUGGGCUGCCAGGAGUGCAAUCACAUCAUCAGCGUGACACCUUUCACCGAGAUCUCGGCCUCAUCCCAUAAAAAGUGGAGGAAAAGAAAUAAAUCGUGCAUGCCCGAUAUGGGCGAUAUCAACUCAAUGAAAGGGUGGUGUCCACGUAGGCAGAAUGAAGAUCAAUGGCUCCAAUUCGACUUGGGUCCGCCAACAGGUAUCACAGGACUGGUCACCCGGGGACAGGGUGAUAAAAAGCGCUUUGUCACCUCGUACACAAUGUCCUACUCGAAUGACUCUUCACUCUGGUUCUUCUACAAAGAUGCCAAUCAUUUGGAGGCAAAGAUUUUUGGAGGAAACAUGGACAUGGUAACAGAGCGGCGACACUAUCUCAACCUUCCAGUCACCGCCCGUUACAUUCGAAUUCAUCCCCUCACAUGGCAUAAGCGAAUUGGGAUGCGGGCAGCCGUGAUCGGAUGCCCACACAAAGGCAAAUGUGGGCCCGGUUUCAUGCAAGUCAAUACUGGGUCAGCUUGUGUGCCCAACAAGGCCUUUCUCAAAGAUACUUGGGUCAAUGAUAAACGUCACGGGCGCAAGCAAUGGCGGUACGGGCACUCAUCCUUGGCCGUGGAUGGCAAUCUGGAUACGAAUCUAGCCAAUUGUGCCAAUCUUGACAACUAUUAUACGGACAAUCCGGUUUGGAUGGUGGAUUUAGGCCGAGACACUGACAUCAAUGGGGUAGUGAUCCUAACUUGGCAGGGCGCUGGUCAAGAUAAGAUCACCUCCUACACGGAUUACGUGUUCAACCUGGACGAACUGACCGUGUUCGCGAGUCGGAAGAAAUUCGACAAUGUCAAAAAUCUGCCCUUUCGUUCGAGAUGCGAGUCCGUGACUCGGAUGAAUAAUGCCCUGUACAAUCCGCGGUUACAUUUCGAGUGUCCCGAGCAGAGAAAAGGCCGCUAUCUGUAUGUCAAGGCCACAGGGUCGCCCAACCGAUGGAGAAAGCUCUUCACGGUCGUCUUGUGUGAAGUGAUGGUGUAUUAAAAAGGACUAGGAAAGAACACGAGUAAACAAGUGACGAUCAGGGGAAGCAAUUGAAACUGAGGAAUUAUUCAACUUUGAUGGCCUAGUUGGCCAUCGAACCCUCCUUGGACUGAAAGUCUUUAAAACCAUCUAAUGUAUGCGACCACAAUGCAAAUGAUCUCAACAUGAACAAGUUGCUAAACCGCUGGGAAAAAAGUUUUACGUCACGUGCGCUGAAAAUGCAAGGGCAGAAUUCACUAUGCAAAGGCAAGUUUUGCGCUUUGGUGCUCCAACUCCAUAUCUCAUAUUUUGUACUGAAAUGAUGAAAUAAAAGUCGCUCUUAACAUCGUU